AUGACCUCCCGCACACCAUUGGGGGCCCAGCAGCGGCAGCCUCAACAAAGAACGUUGAGCAGCUCGUCGCUUGGCUCCCAGCGCCCAACGCCCCAGCCGCGCUCGAUGCUGCACCCUUCGUCGCCGAUACGUCGAGAUGCCGAGUCGAGCGAGGUGAUGCAGCAAGGCGCCAAUACACCGAAACGCGGCGGCUCCAGGCUGCGGUUGGAGCUCACGACAGAGCAGGCAGUGGGCGCUGCUGUCGCGGUCGAGUCGCCCCAAAGUCUUGCGUCAGCACGGGCGCUGUCCACCCUCGACGGCCACGACAUGGCUCAUAGCCCGGCACUGUCACGGGCGUCGCAGCAGGAGACAGACAACCCUCCGUUACCCAUGCCGAAGCGAAAACAGCAUACCGCGCAGACAUCUCAUACCCGACAACCACCACAACCACCACCGCCAUCCAUCAAGAAGGAUGGUCGACCGAAACCAUAUGCUAUACCGACGCCUCCCGACGCCCCUCGUCUAGCGACCCCAUCGAAUAAAAAUACACAUAUUGCAGGAGGGGAUUUUUUUGGAAAGGGACUGUACUCGGGGCGCGCCGACUUCUUCCCUUGGACAGGCAAACACCUCGAAGAUGAGUGGACACACCAGUCGAUCGCCAAGGGCGUGUUCGAGCGAUACAGUGCCACCGAGUCAUCGUCGGGGAAGAACUCCAUCUAUACGGCCAUCAAGGGUCAGAAGACCUCGCUCAACGCGCUCUCGACCAUCUUUAUGGGGGUGCUGAACCAGCGCCGGCAGAGGGACCAGGUGACGGCGCCAUCCACGUUCAAACCUCCUCCCCGGGUCACUUUGACGGACACAAAGAGGGAGGUCUGGCUAAAGGAUCUCGCGAACCCCGCGACGUCAUUGCGCCGACUCAGUAGGACGAUCCCCCACGGCAUCAGGGGCCGAGCUCUUCUGGACCAGUGCUUGAACAAAAAGGUCCCGACCGAGAGAGCCGUGUGGCUGGCCAAGUGCGUUGGCGCGAACGAGAUCAGAGCGUUCAAGAGAAAGGGCGUCAACGGAGCGCUGGUCAUUGGGAACGAGGUCAAGUGGAUCAGAGACUGGACCAUCUUCGUGGAGCAGUUCCUCGAGUGCACAAUGCUGGCGGCCAGCGACGACGACUGGAAAGCCAAGACUCUCUACGCCGUCCGGCUGGCCACCGGCCUCUACUCGGAGCACUUGGUCGACCGUGAGCAUUACCUCGAGUGGAUGAUCAAAGGGCUGGAGAGCAGCGGACACGGAAAGCUACCCAUGUGGAUGCUCAUCUGCGGAAUUCACUGGGACGAUUUUCUCCGGGCGCGCAAGUCUGGCCAACGUCUCGUCGCCGCCUUUUUGCACCAUUCGCACACCAUCGAAACCGACCCUGACAAGGAUGUCAUGGCGCAACUAGCGCACCAAAUCUCCUCGACGCUCCUCGAACUGAUGAGCACGGCCCCCGAGAGCUUUGUACAACCGACGCUCUGGCCCACACACAGGGACAGUCUGAAGUCCUACCUGCCCGUCAACGAUGAGCAUCUCCAGAGAGUCUGGGGCAGCAUCAACAGUCGCAAUACACGACUCAUGAUUUGCGGGAGCUCAUACCCGCCCGCCGGUCGCCAGCGGCUGAUCAAGUUGCUUGAUUCUACACUGCACAACGUGUCGGCCCCGGACUUUGCGGCGAAAUGCUGGGCGACAAGUGACGACAAGGCCCAGGUCUUCAAGACACUAAUGGAGUGGGCGACGUCCGUUCAUCGACCUCAUCUGAGCAAGAACUACGUCGCCACCACACUCAUCAAAACCUUUAAAACUUGGCUGCCAAAGGCAGACUUUGACAUGACGACACCACUCCUCGACAUACUCGACCGAGUCGAGAGUGAGGAUCAACACCGCAAGCAAGGCAUUUACCAUCUCGUGGCCGAGCUCAUCAAAGACCGGUCGUUUUCUGUCUCUCAAUAUUUCCAGUGGCUCAUCGCCCGAGGCGGCGUUCGCAGUGAUGCCGACCUCGACGCGCAGACCAGUCCCUGCGGCACGCGCCUGCUCAUCGAGCUGCCUCUGGCGUGCGUAUCGGACAAGCUCCGAAGGGAGCGGGUCAACUUGCUGCGGAAAGCCAAAAAUCAUACGGUCCCCGGCGAGGAAGAGGACAUUUCGAUCGGGGUGCGCUGCGUGCGGCUGAUCUUGGGGUUGCCCGUGGGCGGCGACGCGAGCCGAAAGUUGAUGACCUUGAAGAGGUUGACGAACAAGAUCCGCGCGAGCAGCCGGACGCUCAAGUGCGCCGUCAGCGCACACCUGAGGGACGUCAUGGUCGAGAUGAGCAUGUCGAGCCACCCGGCCGCCGUGUCCACGUUCACGACGGUGCGAGCGAUCCUCGAGGCGACCGAAGACUAUGCCGUGCUGUCCGACGUUGUCAAGUCGUGUCUCAAGUCCACCGAUGCGGAGCUGCUUGCGGCGUGCGCCAACACCGUCAAUGCCAACAUGACCAUCUUCUUGGCGCUGGCCUCUGCGAACGAGUGCUUCACCGUUCUCAUGGAACGUUUGCGAGCACACGGGCAGCAAGGCGUCGUGCCGCGGCCGUUGCUGGCGGCCGUGUGCCAUCUCGCUCAGCGUCUGCCGGGACGAACAGAACUGGCGAGCCAGCUGCGCCAAGAUCUUCUCCAGAGCGACCGAAGCAACGCCAUUGACGCGUGCUCGCCCGUGUCGGACAAUAUGAUGGCAACCCAGGCCACGUCUGGCGAGGUCGAUUUGUCGGACGAGAUUGAUCGACUGCUGGCGAGCGGGAAUAGGAUUGACCAGCCCACGAUGAAUCGGCUGUUCCGCACCAUUGUGCCGCGGCUCGAGGGCGGAUGGCACAAGCAGGACGACACGCGACGGACGUUUGCCUCUUUACUUACCAAGAUGCGCGUAUUCGAUCCGCAGCACUUUGACAGGCUCAUGUCCGACUGGAUCAGCCACGUGCGGACGCUUCCGUCGCGCGGGCCCCUGUCGGAGCUGCUGCCUCUUCUGGUGGUGCUGGGCUGUGUGCCUUUGACCGCGCUUCUUCAGACGGCCGAUGCCUCGCCCCCGAUGACCGCCGGUGUAUCGAGUCAGGGGGAGGGGCCGGGCGCGGCGACCUAUCUCCAGGAACUUCUUCAACUGCUUCUGCUGGCGUUGCCAAGGUCGACCGUCCUCAGCGCCGAGGAGGCGUACCAAUUCAAGAUCCACCAGGCUUCAGCCCAGUCGGAGCAUGGCAAGGCCCUUUUUUUGCUCAUACGCAACGCCAUGGCCGAGUACGCGGCCUGUGUAGGAUAUGCGAAAGUAGCACUGCCGUUGGCCGACAAGAAUAUGGAGACGCAAAUGCUCAACGCGCUGAGUUUGCUCGUGGUAGCAGACUCACCAGGGGUGAGCGAGGCCCUGUGCAUCAAGAACAUCCCAGGCGAAGCAGUACCCUUGGUAUCCGACCUGACGACCAAGCUCCUCCUGCCCGACCGUGCUCACGGCAACACACAAAUCUCGUUUGACCAAAUUCUCGGACUCGCCUCUGAGCUCACCCUGCCAUUCUGUCAGCUGAAGCUCGAGUUCGACCUGUCCAAGGGCGAGUCGCAACCUGUGGCGAGCGAGGACCCGGCACCGUCGCGGUUUGACCUGUUCGCCAACGCCAUGGACCGCGCCAUUGAGGCCAACAACAUCACCUGGACCAGCAUGCUUCCCUGCCUGAGCCAUGACAUCUCUCAACAUCUCAAGAGCUUGGCGCACACGCGGUUUCUACGACUGCUGCCGUCGCUCAAAACCUCCGAGACCAGCACGAACGACCAGGUGCAUCUGGCGGAGAACCUACUCGGUGUGAUUGAAGCGAUCACGACGGGGCAGACGGGGCACAAGUCGGGCCAGUUGACCAACAACAUGGUCGAGAAGCUGUGCGAUCUGUGCGACAUUAUUGCCAGCAAGGACCCGCAGACCGAGAGCCUACGCCGCGACACGCUUGCGCACUGGCUGCCCGCGAUGCUCCGUCUGAUCACUCUCCAAGGCAUAGCGGCGGCCGAACCAGUCGUGACGCCGCCGCCCACCACAGGACCUCUCCGGGUGCCGAUUGUAAAUCACGAGGCGCGGGCGCGCACGGUUGUGGCCCUCGGCAGUCUACUGCUCGCGCUCGACAACGCGCGCCCCCUCGCGGCGGCUCUGUCACAACACGUCUUUGACGUGGCCCUCUUGCUCGUCGACGCGCUGCCAGACGACCUCCGCCACCAGUGCGCCCGGCACCUCCUGCUGCUGCCCGGGUGCGCGGCCAGCAGCACACUAUCGUCCGACCCGCGGCUCUACUACGUCCUGAGCACGCCGCGGCCCACGGCGUCGGACAACCUCGUGCUCUCGCACCGGGAGAAGCCGACGACGCCGCAGAGCACGGGGGCCAUACACCGGGGUGCCAUGGGCGCCAUGUACGGGAUCGGGCCGCCGGUGCCGGAGCGGCUCACGCCGUUUGUGAUGCGUCGAUGGGAGAUGCUGAGCGAGUCGACGCCGCUGGUGGGGGAGAAUGACACGUCUCUGAACUUGUGUCUCUUUGAGUCGAUCAAGAUUCAGUGA